AAAAGCAGCAAUAUACCUACAUUGGAAACAUUGAUGCCACAAUGAAUGGUUCUACCGGUAUCAUAACCUCUCCAGGUUAUCCUGGAAACUAUCCCAACAACGCUGCCUAUAUAUGGACACUAAAAACAGAAAAUCUGAAAGCCAGUGUCAUCUUUAAUUUUCAGGACUUCGACAUCAAAAAGUAUAAGGACACUUCAUAUUGUGAGGAUUAUUUAGAGAUCUAUACAACAGAACCGUGUUGCUUUAGGGCCAUCCAUAGAUGCGGUAAAUUUGAACCUUUCAGUCUGACAGUAAAUGGAAGCAUCAUAACCAUUCACUUUGUGUCUGAUCACUUGCACAACACCAAGGGAUUUAACUUGACAUGGAAAGUAAAUAUACCAAGAACACCCGCGGUGAGUAAAACUUCUAAAUGGACCUCAAAAAUACAAACGAAAUCCUCAGCCAAAACCAUGUCUACGACUGGACCAAAGAGGUGUGGAACAACAGAUCGUGGAAUACCGACAUCAAAAACAGAAAAUAUUAUGAGAACAAGCUGUAUGUCUUCAUAUUUUGACCUAUAUUGGUUACUUAUAUAUGGGCUACUUUUUCAUUUAAAACACUUUAACAAUUUUUUCUAUAUUUUUAUUGUAAUACAAUUAACGCGAACUGUGCCAAAGACUAAGUCAUGGCCAGCAAGACCAGCCCUUACGGAGCGGUCGUCCAGGCGACCUCAACUUCACACCGCGGCUAGGGAUGGGCCCCAGACAGUAGUGCAGCCGACACCCCCACAGGCAUCUACAAGCCCAGUUGAACUGUCGGCGCCACAGUCGCCCACAACCAGUGUUAGUGCAAUACAGGUCACCGAGCCAACUGUGCCGAAAGGUGACCUUGCCAUCAAAAUACAGAGAGAUGAGAUGAUAAUAUAUUUAGUCGCUGGGAUCGGUGUUGUAGAACUCAUAUUGAUUGCCUUGGUGAUAUACAUUGUAAGACAAAGACGGUCAAAAAUGAGUAUUGGGCAAAAUGCCAAGGAUAAAAAUCACCCAGUACCGCGCAAAUCAGUGGCCAGUGAUGGAAACCUCUACGAAAGUAUUCCUUUGGAACACUUCUCGAUUGAAGACGCCAUACCGGAAGAAGAUGAGGUGUAUAUCGAAGUGCCGGAACAUAUGUACGACAAAACCUUCGAACAUAGACCACGUGUUAACGUCAACCCCAACUUGUACCAUCUGAUAUCCGAGCUUAAAACGAAAAACAUAUCAGAGUAAACUGUUAAGUUCUCGUAUAGAUAAGUCUACUGUAACUUUGUCAUAAGUGUG